AUGUCAUCUCAAGAAGGUCGCCAGUCCCCUCCUCCUGAGCGCCAGACUGGAGCUCAGCAGCAAGACGUCCCUGGCUCCGGCAAGGGUACCGACGACGCUUCCAACAAGUCCGAGGUCAACAAGUCCCAGCUCGAGAACCUUUCCUCCAACCCCAAGGGUGCUAUGGACGAUGCACUGAAGGAGAAGUUCAAAAAGACGGAAAAGUAG